CGUUUAAUUAAAGAUUCUUGUUCAAGGUGUUAUCCAUAAAAGUUGUUUCAUUAGGAGGAUUUAAGACAGAUAAUGACGACACGUGAUUAAUACAAGAAAACAAGGAAAAUGGAAAAAAGUUUUCAUAAAAAAUAAAAAAUAGAAAAACAUUCACAGACAGUGGAAGUUUCAUCAGGAAGAAGGAAAGAAAAGAUUAAAGACUGACUCGCAGUGGAUACUCAAGUUGAAAGUUGACAUCUUUAAAAUUAAACAGACAGAGGAAAAGUCUUUGCUGUUCAGCAAGAACCAACAUCAUUCAUAUCAAUUUAAUUCAGCUACAGGGCCCACAUACAGGAGCAUAACACAGAAAACUAACAAAAAACUUGUUGACGAGAUUGAUGGAUGGAUUUUGGAACUCGAUAAAUCUGAUACGAAGGUUUGGACGCGUCCAAUUGACGGCUGUUCAUUUCAAAUGGUCAAGAUACAAACAAUUUUUCCUGAUAUCUCGUCUGAGACUCUCUACGACGUUCUUCACGAUCCAGAUUAUCGAAAAGUUUGGGAUACGCAUAUGCUUGAAUCGCUUGAAAUUGGUCUUCUUAAUGUAAACAACGAUGUUGGAUAUUAUGCAAUGUCGUGUCCGCCACCACUCAAACCAAGAGAUUUUGUCUUACAACGAAGUUGGCUUGAUACCGGCCCAAAUGGCGAGCAGAUGCUUUUAAGUCGUUCCAUUCCACACAAAGAUUUUCCACCGAAGAAAGGUUAUGUAAGGGCAAUCACACAUAUUACUGGGUUUGUGCUUCGCUCGAGAUUACCUGAGACAGGUUGUGUACUUAAUUAUGUAGCCCAAUGUGAUCCCCAAGGAAAACUUCCGCCAUGGUUAGUAAAUAAAGUUACGCAUACACUUGGUCCAAGAAUGGUGAAAGAUUUAAGAAAAGCCGCACUUGGAUACAUCGAGUGGAAGCAAAAUCAAUCACAUUUUCGGAAGCCAUGGCGGGAUCCUGAAGAUAUCACAGUACCUAGAAUAUUAAUUACUGAUUGUUGGGAUCCAGUCGAGCCGGUGACAGAGAUGUCAACACCUUCAGCGCCAUCAACUCCGACACUUCAUUCGAAACCAUUGAAAAUCUCAAGUAGCAAAAGCAAUGGAAGUUCACUUCCAUGUUCUGUUACAAACAGUCCAAUCGUACAGAAAAAAUCGAAGAAAAAGUUCAAAUUCAAGUUUGAUAACUUUAAUGACAGUCUUGUGAGAGAAGCAAUGCAAUAUAAAGUCUCAAUACCGAAUGAAAGAGAUUUGCAUUGCGAAGAAGAGUGCGCGAAAGUAAAAUCAAAAUGGAAGAAAUUAAACGUUUAUCAACAUUUAGCUUCGGUUAUUUUGAUACCGACCGUAAUAGUUGCAUUUUGGCGAGGAACUUGGGAUUUACAAGACCACUUUCAUCAGUUUUUUCCAGUGAUUCCAACACUCAUUGCAUCCCUCUUAGCUGUGUCUAUACUCGAGCUUUUAAGAAAUUCGUUCAUUGUAAAGCACUUAAGAAUUCUUGAUGACGAUUCAAGCUUUAAAGUUUUUAAGAAAAAUGUUCUUCUUAGUCUUUACGACAUCAUUUACAAUUUGGCAAACGUCGUAGCGUGGAGAAUUUUAUGGGGACAUCCCGAGGUGAUAAGUUAUUGGAGAGGCACAUGGGAGUUCAUGAACCUUUAUCCGGAGAUUUUUCCCGGCAUGAAUUGCAUGAUUGUCGGUGCAAUCAUGCACUUGUGUUUGGCACUUCUUAGAGAACCAUUGAAUGGAAAAUACAAUUCGUACACCCGGUCACAAAAGAAAUCAUUCAUUUCAUCGUGUAAUUUGUGUAUUGUUAAGAAGAUUUACACAUUUGUGUUCAGUUUGGGAUGCAUCAUGCAUUGGCGUGGUGGUUGGUCUGUAAUGGAGGAUUAUCUAGGACCUGAGCUUAUUCCAGCAAUAAUCGUAUCCGUUGUUUGUUUCAUUCCUUUGAUACUUAUGCGAGCGGUUAGAAAUUUAGUCGCACCUCCAAUGGUCAUCAUUACCGACUCAAAGGAAUUUGCAUUUAAUUUUCCAACCAGGUAUCGAAUUGAUAUUCGAAGCUCAGUAGCAUCAUUAAUGAUAGGAAUUGUAGGCCAUUUAGUGUUCACUACAGGGCAAGGAUUGUUUCGUGAUCAUUUUAAUCCAGAUCGUCGUCGUUUGACAUUUUAUUUGAUCUCGAGACUAUACACAUAUGUUUAUGGAAUUGUUUGUGUGAAUUGUUGGCGGGGUGGUUGGCAAUUAAUCGAUCACUACACAGCACGUGACAUGAAGUCAAUUCUUUUUAUUACAAUAACUGCUAUUAUUGCGCUUAUGACACUGAAAACACUUCGGAAUGUGACAGCAACUCCAUUCGUAGUUGUCACGGAUCAUUCACGAGAAUAUUUUGAUGUCCCAACGAUGUAUAAAAAAUCGGGAGUACGAGAGCCGGGACUUUAUAUUUUAGACUGUUUAUUUUCUGUACUUGUGAUUGGAUCACUUGUAGUGUUUGUUUGGCGAGGCCUUUGGGUGCUUUUAGAUCUUAAACUUUUUCCAGAGGAUCAGAAAACUUCCGCAUGGGCGUCACUGAUUAUCGGUUAUGCAAUUGUUGGAUUGACGUUUUCACUACAACCGGUUAUGAGAUGGGCUUGUGAGAAGCUGGAAGGUUUCUGGAGAAUUAUUGUUGCUGACGUCUUUCUGUUUGUCAGCUUUGUUGGUACAGUUAAUGUUUGGAGAGGAAUUUGGGUUCUCUUAGAUUGUUACUUUCUACCGAACAACAAACUUCUUAGUGAUUGGUUGACCCACGGAGUCUCAUUGAUUUUAUUAAUUUUACUCAACUGCUCGAAUUCAGUGCUUGUUCGCGGUGUUUACAUUGAUGCUGAAGAACCUGCUGGCCAAUGUGUCAUCUUUCCAGUUUAUUACAUCAGACUUUUCUUCCAAAAAGAAAGAACCAAAAAACAGAAACGACUCAUGGAGAAGCUUGAAAAAGUUGAUCAAAACAACACAAUUCUUCUCAUAGAAAAACCUCAAAUGAAUCACAAGACGACAAACGAUGAGAAAGAAAUUCACGAAAGUUUAUGUAUCUCAACCGAAGAUAUUUCAAGAAACGAAGAGUGAUAAGAACAACGAGAUUUUAUUAAAGAAAAUAAUGAACGAAAUGUUUUAUGCGAUAUCAAAUGAGAAGAAGAAAUUGUUGCUUAUUUUAAAGAGAAUCAAAGAAAUCAUGUUGCCAAUGUUUGAUGAGUAUAAACAGAAACAUAAUUAAAGUGUUCUUAACUCAUUUGAUAUGAAAAAAAUUAAAAGUGCAUUACUUUAAAAUGAAAUGGAAACAAACAAAAAGAAAUCAACUUCAUUAAAUAUAAUUAAGCUAUAAUAGAAAUUGUAUACUUUUAUACAAAGAGAAGAACAAAAAAUAUUUAAAAAACUAACUUUUAAGACAUUAUCUACUUCGCAUAGUUUUAUAGAAUAAUCUUUUUGUAAAUACUUUAGAGAGAGAUGAAGUGGAGAAAAUAUAUAAAAGAAAAAUUUUGAACGAAACAUUAAACUCACAUCGCAUUCCAUUAAAUUUUGUGAAUGAAGAACAACGACAUGAUUAUUAAAGUAAACGAAGAAUAAAAUCAAGCAUUUUGCCAACAUAUUUCACUUGUUUUUUUAAUGAGAUCCCGCAGUGAUUUGUUGGAUUUUCAAAUCGCAAUUACAAUUUAAACUUCAUUUGUCAAUUUGUUGUAUCCGAUGUGGAAUUUAUUAAAAACCAGAUCAUCAACUGAGUUAAUAAAAGCAUCAUAAUUUAUUUGAUAAACGUUUGCAAUUAUUAUAUUAAAAUUUUAUUAAUGCUUUAUGUAAUAAAACAUGGAAAUGAUAGGAACGAGUUUAGUUCAGCAUGGUCAGUAAAAGACGGAACAUGACGACCUGGUGAUCCUUUAUUUCAAUGAUUACUGCACGAACGAAGGAUCUUAAAAGUUCAAACUUUGCUGCAAGUUCACUUCGUUUCUGGAAUUGACUGCAAUGCGGUUACCACCAAAAUCACCUAUGAUAGCUUAGAGAAGCUGAGCAAUUUCAUCGUCAUUAAACUUUUUCACUUCAUCACUUAAAGUUUCUUUUAUUUUAUUUUCAACUGAACUAGUC